CAAUUUUAGUGUAUUUCCGUGCUCGGUGGUGUAUUUGAACGGCCAGCCGCGGUCACACUGAAGCAAAAACAUUUUUGGCUCGGAGAACGAUUAACACAAGCGGACUGAAAUUUUUUUGUUUUAGUGUUGCGAAAAAGUUUGUGGGAUUUUUGUAAAAUCGCCGGAAAAUGUGAAAAAUAUAUGUUAAUGUGCAAUGUUCGAGCGGCAAACGGCGGCAUUAACAACAGCGGCAGCAACAGAAACAACAGAAGCAGCAGCGCCAGCAACAAUAAAAACAACAACAACAAGAACAACCGAAACACAACAAACCCAACAACAACAACAGCCAAGAAUGUGAAUUGCUUAGUUUCCCCUUUUUAAUUGUAAAUGAAAAGCGAAUCAAGUGCAGAUAAAAAGUAAAUUGUAAUAAUACACACAGCAUAUGUAAUAUAUAGUAAAUAUAUUAUGUGCACGUGAGGAAGAGCGGAGCCGAAAAAGCCGCCAAAAACAAAACAGCAGAGUAAAGAUGAACGAAAGCGGAAUAAGGCGGAUUGCAAGAGAAGAGGAAGAGUGAGAAGAGAGAGAAGCAGGCAAAGCAACAACCGUUCAUUUUCGUUCAGUGGAGGCAGGCAGGCAACAACAAACAAGCGGACAAGCCAACAACAGACAACAAACAACAAGCAAGCAACAACAACAACAACAACGAGCCGCCCAGCCAAGGUCAACUUUUGGUGUUUUCGGGGCCCAACAACACAAAAUGCACGCGUGUGUCUGCUGCUGUUCGACAAACAACAAUUGCAACAACAACUACGGUAACAGCAACAACAAGAACAACGACGGCAGCAGCAGCAGCGGCAGCGACAGCGACGGCAGCCACAACAAACUGCAGCUAGGAGUUGUAGAAGAAGAAGCCACAACCGCACAGGCCGAGCGGCAGGAGGAGGAGCACCAGCGGAAGGCGGCGGAGACGGAGCAGGAGCAGGAGGCGCGCCAGGAGCAGGUGGAGCAGUUGUCUGCUGGCCAACGCGCCAGUGGCGGCGACAACGACAACGAUCUCAACGGCUCCGCAACGAGGAGGCGGUGGUGGCUGCGCGGUCCUCCAGGAUCAGCGGGAGCGGCAGACGAGGAAGGCGAAAGGGAAGCAGGCGCAGGAGCAGCAGCAGCAGCAGGAGCAGGAGCAAGUGGAGUGGGUGCGGGAGCGACGACGACAGCAGCGCCGCGGUGGUGGUCCCCAUCGCCAGCCCAAUCUCCGCCAGGUGACGUCGCGGUGACGAUAGCGCCGGCGACGUUGUUGCUCUCGUUGCAGCGGCAACCCCCCUCUGGAGCAGCCUCAUCCUCAGCAACAAACACCUCAGCGACAACAGCGGCGACAGCAGCGAGCACCUCCUCUAGCAAGUGCAGGAUCCCCGAGCACCGACACCAAUACCAAAUCCCAAUCCUCGCCAGCCACGCCUUUUGAGUGC